AUGACUUCUAAUAUUGAAUUUAAAACAACUGAGAAUCCUGCAGUGAUUAGAAAAUUGUAUUUGCUUUGUGGCACUGAAUGGAGCGGUUUAUUAACCCCAGAAAAGUUUGCUGAUAAAGUAACUAAAACUCAUAUUGAAUAUGUUAAAAAUGGAGGUAAGAUAAUUUCUUAUUAUCUUGAAGAUACAACUACUGAAGAAAUUGUUGCUUGUACUUUUGUUAGAUAUUCAAAAGCUUUUUAUAAACCUGCUGAUAAGUCAAGUGCAAUUUCUUCUAUUCCUGAUCCUUCCCUUUUUGGAGUUCAUAAUAUCACGGGAUUAUUAGUCAGUUUUGUAUUUGUUCAUCCUGAUUAUAGAAAAAAAGGACUCGCUGAAUUAUGUGUUUCAAAAGCAAUUGAAACUACCGAGGAGGCAAUAAUUAAAGAGAAAUUAGAUAGUAGUGAUGAUGCCGUUGUUGAUAAUUUCAAGAAAAUGUCAAUUAUUGAUGGUAGUGAAGAAGUUGAUAAACAAUUGGCAAAUUAUUAUUUAAGUAAAGAAUAUAUUUGGUAUUUAUAUUCUGGUGUCAAUACUUAUUAUGAAAGAUUUGGUUUUAAAUCUUAUCCAUUGGAUUUUUAUGAAAUUCCAAAAUCAUUACUUACAGAACAUACUGAGAGUGUUCUUAACAAAUUGAUUGAAAAUCUGAAUCAAGGAAAAACUGGUCUGCAUCACCCUGAACAUACAGGUAAGAAAUUGAAAUUCUUAUAUGGAGAUAAUGAGGCCGAUCAAGAGAUUAUUCAAUUUAUUUUACAAAAUAAAGAAUUGAAUAUUGUUACUGAAAUCAACAAAUUGGUUUUCCAUCUGGAAUUACAAAGUGAUCGUAAAUCAUCUACUUCGUUAACUAAUAUGUCUAGUAUUUUAGCCAUGUCUAAAUUAGGAUCCAAUACUGCAUUGUCAUCCAUUACUGAAUCAACCACUACCCAACAACCAAAUUCACCAGUAGGUGGUGGUGGUAGUAGUUUAGGUUUGGGUAGAAGAAAAUCUAGUGUCCAUAAUCAAACUACUCCUAAAUUUGCCAUCAAACCAACUUAUCUUGAUUAUCAAUGGAACACUUUAUUUGAAAACAAUUAUUUUGAAGAUGCUGAUGAAACCGUCAAGAAGAAUAUCAACAUUCAAGGUGCUAUAGUUACUAAUGAAUUACAACAAAGAUCAUAUUAUAUUUUGUGGGGAUUCUUAAAAGGACAAUUUUAUAUUAUUGGUAUGGGAGAAAUUCAAUUCCAAGGAAUUCCAAGUGUUUCCAAUGGUGGAAGUCGUAGAAGAGCAUCUUCAUUAAGUGGUAUAAAUGAAUUAGGUGGAUUUAAUUUCCAAGAUUUGGAAAUUUUAAUUUAUGUUGCUAUUCAAAAUGCUAAAAAUCGUAAUUCAAAAAUUGAAAAAAUUUAUGUUUCAGUAAAUGAUUUACCUGAAGAAAUUCCUGAUCCUGUUAUGUUUGAUUUUUUCACAAAUUAUCUUCCUGCUUCAUCACAAGCUUCCAUUGAAACUCCUUCAGAUGAAUCAAUUACCAAGAUUGAAUCCCUGGUAUUCAAAGUGGAAUUAAAUACCAAUGCCGCUAAAAGAGAUAUUGGUGUUUUACCUAUGGUGAAGAAAUUUGGUAGUAAAAAAAUCGACUUUGAUUUAGACUGGGAAUCCAACGGUAUGUGGUGCUGGGGUUAA